AUGGUGGAUGGUAAGGAGGUGAUAAAGCUAGAGAGUGAAUGGGAUGUCAAUGACAUGAAGAUGGCUCAACUCAAUGCCAAAGAAAUGCACACAUUCUUUUGUGCAUUGAGACCAUGUGAGUAUAAUAGAGUCUCCUUAUGUGAGAAUGUAAAGGAAAUUUGGGAUAAGUUAGCUGUCACCUAUAAGGGUACAAACCAAGUGAAAGAGACAAAAAUAAGCAUACUUACUCAUGAUUAUGAGUUGAUCAAGAUGAAAUCUGAUGAAACCAUCAGUGAGAUGUCAAAUUGCUUCACCGACAUCAUUAAUGGUUUAAAGGCUCUUAGGAAGACAUUCAAAUGUGGAUAUGGUAAAGAAAAUUCUCAAUAG